ACCGUCGGGAUCCCUGCACGUUGCUCGGAUAGCACUGCACCAGACUCCUGCUGUCCGAGCAAGGAAUCGAAUUAUCAAGCUCGGAUCGCCGCCUCUGCGAAUGUCACCGACAAGUUUUACAACAACAUCCCUGUGGACGCUAAUUUCUCACACGCCGUGCGCCAACAACUAGCGGGAAAGCUGAUGGCUGCGCAGCCAUGCCGUGCCAUGCCAGGGUGUUCAGGGCGGCGCGUGGGUGAUCGGACGCCGUCCCAGCCACAUGGGGGCGGCCAUGGGACGCCUGAUAAGCGAGCAGGGAUGGAUGUUUCAAUCAAGGAAACGAAGGAGAUCCUGCGAAACAAGAAACAGGCAUCUCGUAGACUAUGCUAGCAGAGCAUGGAAGUGCCAGCUUUCCCGGUUUAAGCUGGGACUUUGGAAGUCCCAAAGUCGACCCUUAUUCUAUGGCCUUCGCCGGCCAUUCAUAUCGAGAAUUCGAGAUGCUUCGCUUCCUAGGCCAACCUCAAGAGGUCGUCACAUCUCAAGAGGGCCUUGCGACGCCCUACCCGCAGAGCCGCGGCCCUUCCACAAGCCAUCAACAGGGGUUUCCGUCGGUGCUGGCACCCGUUUAGGCCAUUAGAUGCGAUACCUAGCUGGCUACGGCAAUCAUCAGAGACACAACCAUGAAAGAUAAAACUUGACAAAAGCCCAGUCACGUUCUCAUACAACGCACUCUUGCAAUGUUCCUCUGUCGCGUCUCGGAAACAUCAUGCCCGGCAGUGCAUUCCCUGCUGGCCUCGGCCUUGCCGUGGUCGGACUGGGCACCGAGUAUCCGGCUCACUCCCUGAGGGCCGCGGACUUGGAAGCGCUGAGCAAGAGAUUUUACACAGACUCGCCUGCCAUGGCAAAGGUCAUGGCCAUCAACCGCGCGGCCGGGUUAGAAACCCGCGCCAGCAUCGCACCGCCCGACGACCUCAUCUACAACCAGCAAACCGCCCCUUCCAUCGCCGACCUACACCGCAUCUUCAUGAGCAAAGGCGUGCCGCUCGCCGUCCGCGCCGCCAAAAAGGCCAUCCGCGAGUCCACGUUGCCACCCACCAGCAUCACGCACAUCGUAUCCGCGACGUGCACCGACAGCGCCAACCCAGGCUUCGACCACUUCGUGGCGCGGGGGCUCGGCAUCGUGCACCGCCCGGUCGAAAAGGUCCUGCUGCAUGGCGUGGGCUGCAGCGGCGGGCUGGCGGCGCUGCGGACGGCGGCGGGACUCGCGCUGGGCCACGCCGCGAGGGGGCUGCCCGCGAGGGUGCUGUGCGUGACGCUCGAGGUCAACACGCCGAUGGUGAGGAGCGAGCUGGAUAGUGUCCAGCGGGAUGGCGAGGUGAGGAUCGCGGCGUGUCUGUUCUCGGACGGGGCGACUGCUGUGGUGCUGAGCAACGGGGUCGGCGAACAACAGGCGGCGCAGGAGCCGGUGUACGAGCUGCUGGGCUGGGAGCACCGCAUCAUACCGGACACGGAGGAUGAGAUAGGGUUCCAUGUCGAUCCCGCUGGAUGGAAGGCAGUCCUAACUCCACGAGUUCCCGAAGUCACCGCCGCGGCCAUCCUCCCCACGUUCAACGACCUGCUGGCCGCACUGCUGCCACAACUCCCACCGGGAUACCAGACGCCCGCGGACUUUGACUGGGCGCUGCACCCGGGGGGGCUGGCCAUCUUGCUCAACGCGCAGCGCGCACUGGGCAUCACGCGGGAGCAUCUGCGGGCGAGCUACGACGUGUACGCCACGCGCGGCAACUCUGGGUCCGCGACGGUGUACAGCGUGUUGGACCGUCUCCGUGGGGGACGUGAGAGGCAGAAUGGUACGGCGCAAGAUGAUGGUGAUGAUGAUGAUGAUGAUGCUCAGAAGGGGGCACAAGAUGGAGGAGAGGGCCUGCGCGAGUACGUGGUCGCCUGCGCGUUUGGACCCGGCGUGGCGAUCGAGAUGUGCGUCCUGAGGCGCAGGAUGCCUCGUGUUGAGCAAGGGGCCUGCCUCGAUGCGCAAGGCCUCGCCCAAGGCAUAGCGGAUGUUUCUUGAGAGUUGAAACUAGAUGAAGCGCACCAGCUCUGCGAACUAGAGCCGUCUUCUGAAGCCCGCAGCUGAGGGACGGAUCACGACAUGCAGUGACGACAUGGGGUUCAAUAUCAGUCUCGUGUGGCACAUCUCUCAUCGAGGGGGGGGACGACCGAGGAUCCCUGUGUACUGUACUCACGUUAUCGACGAAUGACGACUAGGCGGUGGUUGUUUCCCGUCAGGUUGAUUGUGAUGGAGGAGGAGGCCGAUAUCAACAUGAACCGGGUCGAGACUGAAGCAUAGGUAUUCAACCGGGGUCACGGUCAACCUGCUCUGCGGCCUCGGGAGCUUAUCCGAGGGGCCGAUCUUGGACCACCCGGCCCCCCGAAGUUGCCUGCCUGCCCUGCCGGCCGGCCGUGUCAGCAACCGGUCGACACGGACGCCCGGUGCAGGCGCAUCACCAAGUCCGCGAUUCACUAGAACUUUGUACAGCACAGCUUCCCCGACGUCUCCCACAAUAGGAAAGCUCCGGUGCGGCCCCGUCAAGCUCUCGAAUGUCACGGGCAACACUCGGGGCUUGCUCCCCUGCCGCGGCGAUUAGAAAUGCAGUGCGCGCAUCAUGGCCGCAGCUGGCGUGCUGCGUGGUGCGUGCCCCUUGGACCCUGGUCAUGUCGCGAAAGCUCCGUGGAGCGCUGGCGACGGGCCUCCGUGGAACUACACGCAAGCCACUUACACUGACACACACUUACACACACACACACACACACACACACCUACACUUACAAUUAUACUGUACACUUACACGUCUUAGAUGUAUGUCGCGCAUAUAUCUCGACAUCUUCCCCGGGCCAUUGCACCAGAUGGGGGCACCUCCUCCUACUCCCCCGUCAUCGUCAUCGUCGCUUCACCCUCGCACGAGUCGCACAAACAUGCCCCCCCUCAUCCGCGUCGCCAUCAUCGGCCUCUCCGCCUCGGCUGUCACCUCGUGGGCCAGCCAAGCGCACCUCCCGUACCUCCUCUCCGCGCGGGGCCGCGCGCGCUUCACCAUCGUCGCGCUAUGCAACUCGAGCGUGGAAGCCGCCCGCGCCGCCAUCCGCGCCUUUGACCUGCCGUCGCCACCGCCAUCACCGUCC